GCCGUUGCUGGUCCUCGUUUCUAGCGUGAACACGAAGCGGAGAUACCCACCCACUUCAUUCAAAGAUGCAAUUAACUCUUGAGUUCGGUGGAGGUUUAGAAUUGCUCUGUGACUCCAUAAAGAUUCAUAAAGUUAACAUCAACUUCCCUAAUGAAUCAGAUAUCUUGACAGUGAAGGAUUUGCUUUCAUGGGUUCGUACCAAUCUGAUCAAGGAAAGACCUGAAAUGUUCAUGAAAGGCGAUACUGUGAGGCCUGGAGUUCUCGUGCUGGUUAACGACUGCGACUGGGAGCUUAGCGGCCAGCUCGAUACAACAUUAGAAGAUAAAGAUGUUGUAGUCUUCAUUUCUACUCUGCACGGUGGAUGAAGUAUUGAAAUUAGCCAUCACAUCAAUCAUUCUGCUCUUUUCCAACAACUUGUGAAUUGUGAUGAACAAUAUUCCUAACAAAGAUCAUUGUUGUUUCUGAGUGAUAUUUUUCAACCACGUCAUUUGUAAUUGAGGGAAUAUGAAUGAUGUUUAUGAAUCUUUGAAAAUCCCUCUACAU